AUGGCUCAUCCACAUACACGCGUGGCUGCCGAUGGCUUUUUUGCGCCUCCACCCCAAAGUGAAAGGUAUCCCGGAAGGUCGGCGGUAUUUGCCGCAUAUGCUUCCGGCUCUUCGUUUUCGUACGCGGCUCCUGGCAACCGCUUUUUUUCUCUUGUUACUGCGCCGCUUCGUCUUCUGGUAAAGCUGCAACAGGGGGCGUUUCGGCGCCUGUCGCUGACGCUGCCCCCGGCGCCCUCCGGCUUCUCUCCCUUUCUGCCUCCGCUCCUCGGCGACGCCUCGCAGCGACGAGAGGAAGAACGGGACCUCGAGGCUCCAUCCGCGUCUCCUUCCGAUUCUUCCUGCUCGUCCUCUUGCUUGCGGUACCACUCCGGCGCGGCGUAUGGACCGUCGGCGUCUGGGUUGGCCCGCAGCCGCCGAGGCACAGCGUUUCACCUCCGCGCAGAGAAGGAGACUUGCUUUGCUUCUGCCGAGACAAGCGUACGGGCAAACGAGGCCGAGAAGGAACUCCAGACGUCUUCGCCGCGAACAGCCCCCGCCUCUGCUCCGGGUUCUUGUUCCUGGGACGCAGUCGCGGAUCUGGACAAGUUUCUGUUUGGGGUGUAUCGAUACUGGAUGGAUGGCGGUUUGUUUGCGAUAUUGUCCGCACACCUCGCCCACUUGACUGCCUUGGCGUUCACGAUCUACUUUUCCUGGUUCCUCAUUCUGUUUGUGAACUGGAAAGACAUUGUCUCGUGCACCACCGAAGAGCAGUGCCGGUCCGUGCCGCUGCUGAUCGCCUCGCCGUUCCACCCCUGGGGCUACAAACAGACUCUGUGCACAGUCUACGUCGUGUCCCUCUCGGCGUUUCUCCUCUUCAACAUCGUCGUCUCGUACCUGAACUGUCGAGACGCCCUGCUGCUCAGAACGUACUUCCGCGAGCGGCUGUUCAUUCCCUCGGACGCGGCGUUGCAGCUCCUGGACUGGCCAGAAGUCACGGCGUUGCUGCUCAAGGCGCAGGAAGCCGUACCCUUCUGCAUCGUCACCAACGAACUGUCGGCUCUCGAUAUUGCGAGCACGAUCAUGCGCGAAGAAAACUACUUCAUCGCGCUGACCAACAAGAACAUCCUCACGCAAAAACUGCCGUCGUGGGUGCCGCCCAAGCUGCUGUACACGCAGGUCAUGCAGUGGAACAUUCGCCGCGCGAUCUUUUCCAGGUUGUUUGACGAACGCCAGCGGAUUUACCGGAACCUGUUCACGAGUCCACCGCGCGACGAGCUGUCCCCGUACCGGUCUGCAGCUGCGGCGACCCUUGCGUCUCGGUUCAAGUUGCUGUCGAUUCUGAACCUGCUUUUUCUCGUGCCUCUCUUCCUUUUCAUCUUCUUCUUUUUCUUCUUGAAGCACGCCGAGGACUUCCGCCUGAAUCGCCAGUCCAUUGUACGCCGCGAGUUCAACGGCUAUGCCUACUGGAUGUUUAGGGAAUUCAAUGAGUUGCCCCAUCAAAUCAACCACAGGCUUACCCUCGCGGCGGCAGCAGCGGACGACUACCUUCAACUUUCGCCGAUAUCUCCUUCCGUGCUUCACAUUCGUCUCCUCGUCAAGUACCUCGUCGGCUCGUUGCUCUCGAUCUUCAUUCUCCUCUACCUCUUCGACGAAACGCCACUUCUCUUCAUCAGAAUCUUCGACCGCAAUCUGCUCUGGUACACAAUCAUCCUCGGAGUCCUCUACGCCGGAAUACGCGACACAGGUCCAAGUGCAAGACAGGACAGCGCAGCUGGCGGGGGUAGAGGAGGCACUGGAUUCGCCGCAAGCGACGCAGUCUGUUCAAGUCCAGGAUGUCGCGGUUUGAAUUCCCCGCUGGCUCUGUAUGAGCGAUGCAUGCGGGUGGUGGAGUAUACCCACCAUCUGCCGGCGUGCUGGCGAGCUCCCGCUGGAGUGUUUGCGGUUCCGCCUUCGUCUUCGGCAGCUUCUGCCGAUUCGCAGCUAUCCGCGAGAACCCGAAGGAUUGCCCCGCAUGCGCCUCUUCUGCGCGCGUCUCUCUCGGCUGACAUCGCGGCUCCUCCCCUCACUGGGUUGCCGUCUUCUCUGUCUCUCUUGCCUCCGGUGCCUCGUUCGGCGUGGUUCCCAGAUCAAGAGCCGACUGGUCUCUUCCCUUCCUCAGGCGCAUUUGGUGCCGAGGGCGAGGAGAGACAGCGCGUGACGGGCGUGAGUGUGCAGCACAAACUGGUCAUGCAUGCGUUUUGCUCGUCGUUUUACGGCCUGAGAAUCACGUGCUUGCUAGAGGAGCUCCUUGCGGUUCUCGCGACUCCACUGAUGCUCUGGUGGUUCAUGCCCGCGAUCUGCGACGACAUCUGCGCCUUCAUCUUCGCGGUGACUUCGCCGUCGUCCUUCGGCGACGUCUGCUGUUUCUCCUCGCUCGACCUCGAGAGGUUCGGCACCUCCUGCUACCUGCCGCACCACGAACCAGCAUGCGCUUGCGGCCGCGCCAGUCGCGAGAAAAAGAGACAGACACUCGCGAAUGCUGCGAGACGCGAGAAAGACCGACGAGUCGGGGCAGAGACCGAAGCGUUAGACGCAGACGACGGGGAACCCUGGGAAGCGAGGAGGGUGUAUGGCAAGGACGAAGAGACCGGAGGCAAGAAAUCGAGAGGCGGCGGCCGUGACUCAAGUCGAGUGACGGUGCACGAAAACGCGAGAGAGGAGGAUCAAAGGGAAGAGCGCGGCGGGCGACGCGUGUCGUUGGGAGCUGUCGCUCGCUCGUCGGGGUUAGCUCUUGAUCGGACAGGAGGCGACGAUGAAGACCAAGACGAACGCUUAGGAGAUGGGAAAUUAGGCCCUCGCGGCAGUCGCUUCCCGCCUCUGCAUGCAAACAGCGGGAAAGUCGAGAAGAGCGCUCUGACGUUCGUCUUGACGUACCGAAUUCCGCCGCCCUACGACGACACCUCGCCGCUGUGGACGGUCUUCGCCUCCGACUCUCUCGCGAACUCGAUAGUCGGCGCUUCGCAGGGACCAGCUGUCCGUUUUGUGCUUCGGCUCGAGAGAUUCCAGCGAGAGCAAAUCAAGAAGUUUCCCUAUUUGUCUCACGAGCUGGCGGCAGAGCUUCUGGUGCCGCUCAGUGCCUUUCCAGCGGGCGUUGAAGGCGGCGGCCGCGCGGCGAGAGAGAACGCGAGAAGCCGGAGACGGAGGCGAGCGGUGAAAGCUUCAAGCAGGGAAGGCGACGGCACGGCGCGCUUUCUCAGGCGCUCUCGCGAAGCGGCCAGGGCUCGGGAAGAAGCAAGAAAAGGAAACAGACAAGGCAGAGAUGGGAAAGGACGAGGCCGAAAAGGCAGGGAAAGAGAAGAAAGAGAGAGAAGAGGGGAAGAAGUGAAGCGUCCUCACUGUGGGGGCGUGAACACGGUGGUCUGGAGGGGUGAAGCGUCCGCGAGGGGGUUGCCUUGUUCGUCGAAGAAACGGAGGCGAGAGGACGAAGAGGCAGCUGAGAAAGGCAAGUUGCAUGCGGCCAACUCUGAGGACGAGAGCGUUGUGGCGGGCGGCGGGACAGGCGAAGGGGCCUUGUGGAAGACGCACGAGCGAGGCUUCAGUGGAGGAACCGGCGAAGAAGCUGGGACCUCGUUUGGGUUUGAGGGAGAGGAGACAGCUCGACGCACUCACGCUCACACGCCGUCCUCCGUCACAAACGCGUCGCACGCUUCGAGAUGCAGACUGGAGAGAGACAAAGGAACCACUGGCGCUGCGCGGCGGAAGAGAGAAGGCAACAGGCUCCAAACCACCUCGUCUGCCUCUCCGUCUACCGAAGACUCGUCUCCAGACUCGUCUCCAGAUUCGUGGUCUGACUCUGCGUCGGAUGCCUCGUCGGACGCCUUUAGUGAUGCCUGUUCGUCUCCCACGUCUGUGACACACUUCGACGUGUGCGGGCCUCCGCCGAUUCCCUUUGAACGCCAAGCGCCCUACUUUUUCUGGUUGGAGCGGCUCUACGAGCAGAAGUCAGGCCGCGUUUUGUUCGCGACAAAUCAACUGAAUUUCUUCACGCGGCGCCUCUUUCGGCAGUUCCCGGCGGGGUGCCAGGAAGAGGCGUCUCGCCUCCAGCGGCGCCGCAAGGCACACCGGAAAAGGAGACAGCCAGCGGAGACACAUCCUUCGCCGUCUGUUCACGCCCAAGGCGACUGGGCAGACAGCUCCGCCCAUGAGACAGAAGAAGAGAAAGAAGCGGAGGAAGAGAGAGACGAGGGCGAAGAAGCAGAGAGAGACGAGGGCGAAGGAUCAGAGAGAGACGAGGGCGAAAGUGAGGUGGGAGAACGAGUGAUUUUUGAUCAGUCGAGGGAAAUCGGGAAUGCAAGCUUUUCUUAG